AUGCAUUAUCCCCCCAAAAACUAUACAGCAAAAAGGUAUCUGCAGAACGGAGAUGACAUCGAGGGCGCGGGGCCGGGCGGCGAGACGGCCCUAACGUGCGCCGCCGUCGCCGGCCAUCUUGCCGUCGUCGAGCUUCUCCUAGACCAAGGGGCUUCGAUCAUCUGCACGGACAGCCUCGGCCGCACGCCCUUGUUCAACGCCGUCAGCAGCCCCGUGCGGUCCGGGUGCUUGGAGGUCGUUCGCCGUCUUCUCAAGGCGGGCUCGUCGGUGACCGUGAAGGACACGAUGGGCAACUUGCCGGUGCACGGGGCCGCGUUCGGAGGCAACCGGCUGGUGAUGAAGGCAGUGCUGGAGGCCGGGGGCGACGUGAUGAGCAGGAACGGGCAGGGGCACACGCCCCUGAUGAUCGCGACGCAGAACGGACACAUAGGGCUCUUCCAGUGGCUGCUGCGGCAGGGUCGCAACGAUGUUAACGACACCUGCCCCAACGGGAUGAGCCCCCUCUUCAUAGCCGCCGAUUACUCCUCGGCAGACAUGGUUGAAACCGUCAUCAAGGCUGGCGGCAAACCCGGUUCUCGCACUAUCGACGGCUGGACUCCUCUCCACGCGGCCACCCGGCUGGGAAACGUGCGCAUGAUCCGGGCUCUCAUCCAAGCGGGUGCCGAGCCCGAUGCACCAGGAAUGCUGGACAACACUCCCUUGAACAUCGCGGGCAAGGAGGGGCAGCUAGAGGCGGCCAGGGAGCUCAUGAAAGCGGGCGCUGACCCGCUGACUGUUUGCAGCAAAGGAGCGUCCCCGCUCUACAACGCCGUCGUGGAGAGCAACUCAUCGAUUGCUGUGGAGAUGCUCAAGACGCUAGAGCGGAAGGAUGAGGAGGAAGGGACGGUGUAUCCUUCUCGAGCGUCUAGAGUAGGCAAGGGUCUCUUCAGGAGCGAUCGCAGGUUUAUGACCCUCGUCAACGGUGCUGUGUACGGCCUCGAGUUCAAGUCCCUGUCCAAGCUCCUCAGCAUGGGAGCGCUCGAUCCGUUCGCGGACGAGGGGGGAGACGAGAGGGCCGCAGCGUAUAUCGAGCUCGUAACCCCGGCCGACGCCGGUCUGCCUCCCAAAGACCCCGUCCUAAAGGCUUGCAUGCGCCGAAUGAUAGCCAGGCGGGUCGCCUUCACCGCCACCUCUUGGCUCUGGCCCCUUGUUUUGAGCGCGGGGAAGUCGGGUGGGGAGGGCAAGGCGAAUGCCGGGCGGCGACGUGGGAUGGCCCCUGUUGGUGUCGCAAGGUGUCGGCCCGAGCGUCGAAGGCACCGGCAGCUGGAAUUGUUCCGGGCGUUCCGCAGGUAUUGUGACAAGAAGGAGCCGGUAUAG